AUGAGGAGUAAUACAAAGCAGUUAACAAGCAUGUAAGAAAACCAUUUCCAAAACUAAAUCGUUGAAAUCACUUCAAAAUUACGUAUUCUAUAUCAAAAUCUCUAGGUUCUGGCAAGUAUAAGGUUGCAUUUUAACUCAUCAACAAAGAAUUUGAAAGAUCAUUAAUUAUACAAACAGGAUGGCGUAUUCGUUUGCAAUUACUAAGAAGGGGAAUUGUCUGUCUUAUCAAAAUUCUUAAAUCAUAAUCAAGGGAUGGACUUAAACAUGAUAAAUAAUUACAUUUAUUGAGAAAGCUCUAGCAAUUUAUUAUGUUUUACUUUGAACUACUUGAAAAUUAAGCAAAUGAAUUAAGUAUUAGGCUAUAUACUAUCAAUAGAAAUAUUUUAUCUUAAAGACAUACUUUAUCGAAUAUCUUAAAUCUAACUCUUAAUAUUUUAGUUAUCCAAACUUCAUGAAGAUGUUCGAUCAAUAUUAUUUUGGAGGCCUGAAGUAUACUUUAAAGAUUCUCGUUUCAAUAAAACAUAGUUUUAAUAUUAUUUAUAAGUGGGACAUCUACAUUUCUAAUUUAAAAUAUUUGAUUCUGCACUUUUUUUUUAUAAAGAAGCUAUUGGAGAAUGUUAAAUGAUUAUGACUGAUAUUAUUAAAUAAGAUUUUCACCUUAAGAAACUCUCUGACAAAUAUUAAAAAGUGAUAUCUUGGAUAAUAGUAACCCUUUACAUAAUGACUUUCAUAUAUGAAUUUCAGUCAGACUAUAAUAAAUUAUUAGAAACUUAUAAAAUAGCUCUUUAGUUAUCAAAAUUAGUUGAUAAUAACGGAUUAAAAAUGUUUUUAGAACAAUAAUACCAUUUGAAUUAAAAUUAAGUAUGAUAAUUUAUUAUACUUAUAGUAUAAAACAUUUAUGAUAGAAAUAAAGGAAAUUAAUUAACUACUAGCUCCUAUAUUUCCUUAAUCUAACAAAAAAUAUGAUGCAGCAUAAAAAAAUGAUUUUUGGGCAGAUACAAAUGUCAGGUUUUAUUAGAAAUUUAAUAAAGAUAUAAAUACAUCACUAUAUUCCAUCUUUUAAUAAUCAGAGGAUAAUACUAAUUAAAAAAAAAAUUUAUUUCCACUUACAGAAUAGGAAACUACAAUUUAAUCAAAUAUUCAUACACCUCGUUAACAUGAGAAAUGCAGAACAUUCAAUUCUUUGGAUGAGGUUAGAAAUAGUAAAUUAACUAGUGGGAAUUUGUCACCUAAGCAUUCUCAAAGAACAACUUUUAAUACAAAUCAUGUAAAAACUAAGUCUUUUAAAUUUACAUCAGACUUUGAUGAUCUUUUAAAGAGAUUCCCUUAAAGAGAAAUUGAAUCAUUUUCAUCUUUAAAAGCAAAAAAGGAAUUAGAUCUCUAUUAUUAGUAAAAAGUACUCUCUUCCUUUGACAAUGCAAUUUAGAUUAAAUCUUUAAAAUCUGUAAAAUAGCAAGUAUCUUCUUAAGAAGAAUUAGAUAAAAUUUGUUAAUCUGAUAUUUUUGUUGGAAAAAAAUUAUUAAGGUUUUAAAAGUAUACAAAUUAAAGAAUUAAGAAAAAUUCAAAUAUUAUGAAGAUUAUGUCUGAUAUAUCUAAAGAGCAAGAACAUUUAGAAGGAGUUAAUUCUGCUCGUUUACUGGUCUAAGGCACUUAAGAUAUCGAAUAAAAAAUAAGAGUUUCAAUGCAAUAAAUCAUCAAAUAAAAAUCUUUGCACAAUGAAGGUGAAUUGAUGGUAUAUAUUUAGAUAUUAUCAAAUAGAAUCUUAAAACUUUAGUUUCAGAUUACGAAUAAAAUUUAUCAAAAAUUCCAUAAAAUCAUGAAUAAUAAAUAGAAUAAUCAUAUAUAUCCAAAUUUUUAAGAGACAAAAACAAUUCCAUCAUUUCGUCUAUAGAGUAAACAAUCAGACGUGCUGCUCCAGAAUAAAUAAAAGCUAGAAAAUCUUUUUUAUCUAGAAUUCAAGAUACUCUAUUUAAAAAAUGA